ACGAUCGGGUAGCGCACCCGGGGAGCAGCCGAACGCGCGCGCCGAUCCGGUGCGGUGUACUACUACUACUACCGCCGUCGUCGUCUCCGUCGAAUACAACAACGCCGCCGCGCCCGGUUGUUACCGUCGUCGUACUCGUCGCUGCUGUUGCUGCUGCUGUUGCCGCCGCCGCCGCCGCCGCUCCUGCUGCUGUUGUUGCCGCCGUAACACACACACACACACACGUACGCGCGCGCACGCUACACACACUCUCGACCGUCGCCGUGUGGAGAGACCGCUUCUGACUUUCGUGUGCUACAGUCCAGUGAGUUCCGCAAUAAUCACCACUUACCGCGGUCGUCUUCUUCUUCGUCGUCGUCGUCGUCGUCGUCUUCUUAUGAUAUAUUAAUUUAUAAUAUAGUGUACCUACGUUACUAUAUAUGCUAUAGUAUUAAAUAGUAUAUAAUAUAAUAUAUUAUUUGUACUCGCGUACAUGACGGUGCAGUGCACGAAAUAGAAUAUUUGUACCUAUAUACAGAAUAUAAUACACGCGAGCAUUCGUCUUGUCGUCGUCGUCGUCAUCGUCACCACCACCAUACAGUCAGCCGUGGUAGCCGCCUGAAAUAGAUAUAUUAUACGUAAUAUACGCGCCUGUUUUAUUAUAGAUCUCUGCACGUGUUGGCCGCGUAUAUUGCAGGACACCGAUCUGAAAAUCACUACACGUCAUAAUAUUAUUACAAUAGUUGUGUGUAUUUCCCCCCCGGGUUAUCUUGUCGACCCGUUCCCAACGAGACGACCGAGACUCGGCCCGAGUCACCGCCGUCGACGGACGUCCGUUAAUAUAUAGUAAUCGUAAUCAGCUCGUGGAGCGCCAGGCGAGAACGCUGCAGCGGCCCGACCAUGUACGCGGUAAUACAGCUCGACUCGGAAAACCACAGACUCCGGCCCAAGCGGGUCAAAAUGGAGUUUGUGUGCAAAUACUGCAACCGGACGUUCAACAAACACUAUUCGCUGCUUAUACACGAACGCAACCAUCUGCCAACGGUCAACUACCGGUGCGAGAUGUGCUACAAGUCGUUCAAACGGCAGGACAGCCUGCAACAACACAGAUCAACUCAUAGUCCAAAUUACAGAGCUGGGUACGCAUUGCAGCUUUGAAAAAAUUGUGAUAUGCUAAAUUAUUGGCAAAUUGUUGUAAUGAAGUAAAUGUAGAUAGACAGACAUUAACUAGGUAGUUGUUAAGUUGUAGUACUAAUAAGAUUAUAUAUUUGAGCAGACUGGUCGAUAUUUUUACUUUUUGAAUUAAAAAAUAUGUAGUUUUGAAAAAAACUCAAGUACAAUUUUUGGAUUUACUGUUUUUAAAUGUAAAUCAAUUAAUAAUUUAUUAACAAUGUAUGUUAUUUUAAGUAAAAUAAAAAGUCGUACAAAUCAA